GGAGUACACUGUAAAUUGAACGGUAUAAUAGAUUGUGUACAUAGGGAACAUGAACCGCGUAUACCAGGCUGCGCAAACUUCGGAUAUAGAGAUAGUUUUCAGCUCGGUAAAAACCAAACCAGUAAAACUGGAGUCGUAAGAUCAAUGACUACGUUUAUUUUAAAUAAUACGGCAGCUCUAAUUUCUGCAAGUAAUUUACUGACAUUUACUUUCGGCAAUGCUGACGCGUGUUCUAUAACAAUCGUGCAGAGCUGCUACUAAUAGAACUGCCAAAAGGAAAGGACUCGUUCGAUUUAUAUAUUUCUAUCAUAUUUAAGUUGUUCACAUAGUACUAAUUAUGGCUCCUCAACAAAAAGGCAAGCAAGGCACAAAGGGAGCUAAGCAAAUUGUCGAAGAAAAUAAAGGUACGUUGUGCUUCUAUCGGAAUAUGGCUUUGGGCAGUGCAGGAGCAUCUUUACUAGUGAAUUUUAUAUUUUUUGAAGUGUCUAAAACAACAAUAUUUAUGAGUUCGUUAUCCCUAGUAGUGUUGGGCGCUGCCUAUCAAUUUAUGACCUUUAUGUCGCGUCCUAAAUAUUCAGAAACUGGCUCUUUACUAGACUCUGGCAACGAUUUAAAUAUGGAAGGCGGGUUAGCAGAAAAUGUAAAAGACUUAAUUAUCUUGACUUCGGGCACUAUGCUUUUGGCGUUGAUAUCGAAUUAUUUCUGGUUAUUAUUAUUAUUAGCUCCAGCUCAGGCUUUAUGGAAACUGUGGGGUAGUUUCAUAAAACCUUGGCUUUCGCAACGUAAUAUCAGCGAGGAACUAGAAAUGGAUGAAAAGAAACAACGUAAGAUGGAGCGCAAAAUGCGGCGUAGCAUGAGAUGAGAGCUCAGAAAAUUUUAAAAUUAGUUUAAUUUAUUUUUGCACACAACAAUAAUUAUCAUUAAUAUUAUUGUACGCUUUCGCUUAACGCAAAGUUAACACAAAAAGACUCAUUUAGAAGAUGAAGUUUUUGUUUUGGUAUAAAGGAACGAUUUUGUAUGCCAUUUUUCUGUUAUAUGUAAAGUCGAAGAAAA